GAGAAGUGUCUGAAUUUGCUGCUCAUUACCAACGGUUACUUCCGACGUUUAAUCCCCGCAAUCCAUGGUUUGAUGAACUCUGGCAUCAACAAGAAGUGCAGUCAGAAAUGGCCGCCAAGGCAAAUAUCAGUGAUAAAAUGCCCCCAGUCUAUUAUAUUUCAUCAGAAUCUACAACAAAUACGAUACAGGCUCUUAUAGCAGUUGUGGCAGGUGUAGCUGACACAAGAAACCAACUUUGCCAGAUUGAAUUUGGAGUAUGUUCCGAAAUGAUCAGACAUCCACAUCUUUUACGCCUAGUUGGAGAACAUAUCGCUACAAGUAAGUCACCUCGCCUAGAUCAUCCAGGACAGGCAUUUCAAUUUAAUGAGAGGAGAUUUGGAGCCACUCCCAUAGAAGUAUACAACUACAGAAAGGUUACAGGGGGCGAUAUAAACUACCUUAAGGUUGGCUCUUUCGAAGGACAAUAUACGAAACUAGCUGACAUGAUGGCUUAUACCCCUAGUGGUGAAGUACCUAUGGAAUCCAUUCUAUCCACUUGCAUCAAAGACUGUUAUCGUUGCCAACAUGCAUCUCCAAACUAUCUUACGAUUCCAUCCACUCAAGGGAUCUACAUUGCUGUUGCUCAAGGCAUCCACGAAUCAACGUCUAAUCCCUUAACGUGUGGUCCAAUCAGAGUUAACCGAGGAUUUCAAAAUUUCCAGUCACUUCAGUGGGCAUUGAAAAUCAUCAACUCGGAUCCCACCAUUCUGCCGGGCAUUGAUCUGGGACUUGUCGUAUUUGACACUUGCAAUAGCAGAGAAAAGGCUGCCAUGGAUGUUUCGAAUUUCUUAACAGGAACAAUAGCUGAGAAACAGCAAUUACCUGCACCAGAUGACGUUGUGGGUUUUUUGGUAGAUGAUGCGGGAGACAUCGUGCAUCCACUGGCAGAUUUGACCCAACCAUUGCAAAUGACUACUGUUGCAUCGACAGCAAUUGCUCCAGAGUUUGGGGACGUAAAGAAGUAUCACCAUCUUUUGAAAAUGAAGAUGCCUAGUGAUAUUAUAAUUUCAUCUAUGGUUUAUAUCUUAAG